GAUCUAAAUUUUACAGCCGAUUUCAGUUGUUUUGCCAGAUAAUGGAAAUGAGAAAUAAUAAUCAAGAAGAACGAAUAACUUUUCGUAACCUAUACGGAAUAGAAAACCCUCGAGACCCAAAAUUCGAACAACUUGACCCAAUCUUCGAACAAAACCUCCAAAAAUUCUCCUCCAACGCCCAAUCCCGCCGCAGGGCCUUCCACUACCAUGACGAAAGUGAAAUCGUAAACCACGACGAGAUGGAUCUUGGCUCCAAAGAAGCUUGCUUCCAGUCAGGCCUAAUAAGAGCCCUGCCUGGGCGGGAGAAGAAACUGAACCUGAUGCCUGGGGAGAGGAACAAACUGAAGAAAUAAGAAGCUGCAGAUGAGGUUUUACCAGCCAGAGUUUGAGUCAGAGGAUAGUGACGAGGUUUUGGUUGAUUCAGCAAGGAUAAGUACUUCUGUGAGAGGUCCGAAGACUAUUGAUUCUCAAAUGAGGAAUCUUAUUUCGAAGUCAAGUCAUAUCAACCCUGCUUCAGAUUGAUCGGAUUCCAUGGAAAUCCAAGAAGGAUCAUCGUCAAGUUUUAGUAAUGAGCCUUGGAUUGGGCCAAGAUGAUGAGCAGAGACAGUCUUCAUUCAAGAAGAUGAAGUUGAAUGAAAAUAGAAGAGAUAGUUAUGCUCCCAGACUUGAGUGGGAUAAUAAAAUGGACAAAUAUCUUUGAACCCUAGCAGCAAGAGAAGAUAUCCAAUAUAAUUGGGUAAAGGUCUCAAAAUUAAUGACAGAAAAAUUUGAAGAUUCUCUUACUAAAUAUGCUAAAAUUAUUACAAAUUAUCAGUGCUCCAAAAGAUAUAAAUUUUUGAUCAAUAAAGGAAAGGUAAAAGGUUUUAAAGGAAAAAUCCCCCAUAAGCCAAAAGGGCACUCCAGGAAACGAAGCCAGACUAUCCAGGCGACAGACCAAACUACAAUGGUAACUACGAUGGUAACAAAUAACAUGGGCGACGUGGAGGAAGAAGCUUCGGUUCGAAACCAGUUAAAAUACUUGGAAGAUGCCUUUGGAGACUCAACAUCAAGCAAAGCUAAAUAUAAACAUAUCGUGAAUGGGUCACAAUCGAGUCAAAGUAAUGAAAUAUCAAGAAUGUUUAAAAAUGGUCCCUCUUCAGAGAAUUCUCACCAGAAUCCUUAAAUUUCGUAUCAAGAAGAUGAUGAACAGAUCCAGAUUGAAUCUUAAUGAAGCCAAAUCUGAGAUUGUCGUCAUCUUUUGUGGAAAUGGUAUGAAUAGAAGCUUAUUCAGCUCAGAAGAAGCUAUUAGCAGGCUUCUUUGACGAGGGUUAGGGCUGAGUUAAGCAUU